AGUAGAGAGGCAAGAGCGGGAGUCGCUUACCCCCCCCCCCGUCCCUGGAAGGUUGCCAGAGGGCGUGUGGGAGCCGUUGCGCUGUGCGGCGCGUGAAGGCAAGGCCUGCUUGAGGGGGUUGGGGGAGCUACGGCUGUUCCCUCCCGGAGAGAGAAGCUGUAGCGGUGGGAGCAGCAAGCGCGGCGAGGCAGCAGCGGCGUGGCAAAAGGGCUGGCCAUGGACCCGCAGAAGUUGAGUGAGCUGCGGACCUUCGUGAAACUCUGCAAGCAGAAUUCUGCCAUCUUGCACUCCGAAGAUCUGGUCUUCUUCCGCGACUGGAUAGAGAGCAUGGGAGGUACAAUACCACCAGCUCCUUGCAAAACUUCAACAGAAACAACUGAUGAGCCAAAAGCAGAAGAAAAGGCAGAAGAACCACCAAAACCACCUGAGCCUGAAAGUGAAGAAAGUGAUUUAGAAAUUGAUAAUGAAGGAGUGAUUGAACCAGACAAUGAAGAACCUCAGGCAAUGGGAGAUGAAAGUGUUGAGGUAACAGAAGAAAUGAUGGACCAGGCCAAUGAAAAGAAAAUGGAAGCUAUACAUGCAUUAAAUGAAGGUGAACUUGCGAAAGCCAUUGACCUGUUCACAGAAGCCAUAAAAUUGAAUCCUCAUUUGGCUAUCCUGUAUGCCAAAAGAGCCAGUGUUUUUGUGAAAAUGCAGAAGCCAAAUGCUGCUAUUAGGGAUUGUGAUAGAGCCAUUCAGAUAAAUCCCGAUUCGGCACAGACCUACAAAUGGCGAGGAAAAGCUCACAGGCUUCUAGGUCAUUGGGAAGAUUCUGCACACGAUCUAGCUUUGGCCUGUAAACUGGAUUAUGAUGAAGAAGCUAGUGCCAUGCUUAAGGAAGUACAGCCACGUGCUCAAAAGAUUUCAGAACACAGAAGAAAAUAUGAACGAAAGCGUGAAGAAAAAGAAAUUAGAGAAAGAAUGGAAAGAGUAAAAAAAGCCCGAGAGGAACAUGAGAGAGCUCAAAGGGAGGAAGAGGCUCGUCGGCAGACAGGAGGACCUCAGUUUGGUGGUUUUCCAGGUGGUUUUCCUGGAGGCAUGCCUGGAAUGGGAAGCAUGCCUGGUCUCAAUGAAAUUCUUAGUGACCCUGAAGUUCUUGCAGCCAUGCAGGAUCCAGAAGUAAUGGCAGCUUUCCAAGAUGUUGCCCAGAAUCCAGCAAAUAUGUCAAAAUACCAGAAUAAUCCUAAAGUCAUGAAUCUCAUUGGCAAACUUUCAUCCAAAUUUGGAAGUCAACCAUAAAAUUUGUUUUCAUUGUAAGACAUGGGGGAAGUAUUGAUCGCUUAUUAUAUCUCGCAAUAACACAAGCCAUUGUACUGCUAAUUCUCAAAUGAGAACUAGGGUGCUCUGGAUAGAAUCCAUUUUCCUCUGUUUCAAAAAUGAAUAUUCAUAACUGUAUGCAAGGUUCAUAUAAAACCACCCCACCUUUCUACCAUGCCCUUAAUUUUCUUACUGAAAACACAGGUUUGUUUUUAAAUUGUAUAAUUGUUAUUUCUUAGUAGAUGCAAAAAUAUAAAGUGGCUGGGGAUAAAGUUUGGAAUGGAGGAAUGAUGGUUCUGUUUAUGAUGGUUUGGGAUAAUUGGACUGUUUAAUUUCUAACACAAAUGAGGCUCACUGUUUUUAUUUUAAUUGGAAGAAUUCAUUUUCAAUUCUUAAAUUUAUAAGAAUUACUUAUUAAACUGUUGAAAUCAACUCUUCUUGGAUCAUAUCCUUGCACUGGAAAGAAGCACCCUAAAUGUUGCAUGCUUUGGCUUUAACUAUAUUGAUACAAAUGAUACUGAGACUGGAAACACUACAAUCAGUGUUGAGCAGAUUAACAUGCUACUCAUCUAUAUCACAGUGAGCAAAUGUUUUAUCAACACCAGUAAGCUGAUUACUUGAAUGAUUGGGAGCCCUUUAGUUAUUUGUACUGAUUUUGCUAUUGAAUAUGACUAAUUUCUUAGUUUUGAGGGAGGGAAGCAAAAUGGUUCCCAUUACCAUGUAAUAUUCAUUAUUCAAUUCAGAAUAUACGUAAAAUAUAAUUGUGAUAAAUGGUAAUGACCUAGACACUACUUUAGAAAGUUACAUAUAUCAUCUAUCUCUAACGUCAUGUCAUAUGAAUACAUAUGGGGCAAAAGGAAGAACAAAAACUAUUGAAAUCCUUGUUACGAAAUAUUUACUGAUGGCUAACACAAAUUUUGUUUUGGUCUCUACCUUUUUAAUUAUCUGCUCAAUGUUGGAGGGCCUGUUAUAAUUAGGUUUUGGUUUUUUUUUCUAGGGCUUUUGAAUGUUUCCAGUUCUGUGCUUUGUAAUUUUGUCUGAAUCCACAAGUGAUGUAUGUUUUCUGUUUUUAAUUAAACCUCAACUGGUUCAGAAAUUCAAUAUAUUCUUAAAAUAAAAUCCACAUAAUAAUUAUCUUGUCAAACUAAAGGAAAUAUGACUUCAUUUUGCUUAAGAAAUAGUUAUGAAAGUACUUCUAGUUGCCUUUAAAAUAAUAAAGUAUGGUUUUGAAGAA